UUACCGAGUCGCGGUUAACAAAACCUUAUAAACACGCCUCAUUUUCCUUUCAAGUGGAGCAAUUCACAAAUCUAUUUCCUUCCUCUCUGACUAAAGCUUCCACUUCACGAGACCACUCACUAGGAAAGCUGCAGUAGCUGUGGAGUAUUGGUGUGUCUUGUGGAUCACUGGUUGUUGAAAGGUAAAUUUGGAGGUUCUGGAGAUGAGUUCACGAAGCAGGAGUCUUAGCAGGAGCAGGAGUAUGAGCCGGAGCAGGAGCAGGAGCCCUCGAGAUCGCAGAAUUCGAUCUCGACGUAGUUCUUAUCGUGAUGCCCCUUAUAGGAGAGAGACACAUCGUGGUUUCAGCCAAAGCAGCUUAUGCAAUAACUGCAAACGCCCUGGUCAUUUUGCAAGAGAAUGUCCCAAUGUAUCUGUGUGCAACAAUUGUGCUCUUCCUGGGCACAUUGCAUCGGAGUGCACCACUCAAUUGCGGUGUUGGAACUGUCGAGAACCUGGGCAUAUGGCCAGCAACUGUCCUAACGAAGGAAUUUGUCAUUCAUGUGGAAAGUCAGGGCAUCGUGCCAGAGACUGCUCAAAUUCUGAAACGCCAACUGCAGACUUGAGGUUAUGCAACAAUUGCUUUAAGCCGGGGCAUCUUGCUGCUCAAUGUUCAAACGAUAAAGCAUGUAAGAACUGCAGGAGAACAGGCCACAUAGCACGUGAUUGUUCGAAUGAGCCUGUGUGCAACAUAUGCAACAUAGCUGGGCAUGUUGCAAGGCAAUGCCCGAAGGGUGAUAAUCAUUCAGAGAGGGGUGGUUGGGGUAAUAGGAACAGUGGUUAUCGUGAUGUGGUCUGUCGGACCUGCAACCAGGUAGGUCACAUGAGCAGGGAUUGUAUGGGAAUGGCACCACCAAUGAUCAUUUGCCAUAACUGCGGAGGCAGAGGCCAUAUGGCAUUUGAGUGUCCGUCGGGGAGAAUUAUGGACCGUGGAUUCCGGAGGUACUGAUGCUUCAGAAAUUAGUCAUGUUUGGAUUCGAUUAUGGAAAUUGGAUUAUGGUUUUGUAUUAAAUUGUGAUGUUUCUUUUUAGUACCUAUUGCUUCUUUUGUGAGAAAAUACUCUCCUGGUAGUGUUACAUAUCAUAAUCAUAUGCCAACUUUUCUGGUUUGUGUGUUCACUCAUAUUUGACAGAUUACUAUUUUAAGAAUCUUUUUUUA